CACUGCCUGUACUUUAUGACAUCUUCAACAUUCCAAAGAUCAAAGUCACUGAGGGAACACAUUUUAAUACUUCAACUGUUCAAUCUAACACCUGAAUCAUUUACAACUGAGCUUCGUGUACAGAGCCCAGAAAAAGAAACUUGUUGAAAAAUGGAUAUGGACUUAGAAGCAGUCAUUCAACAACUUGAAGGCAUUAAUAUCCAACUGCAAAGGUAUCCGAAACAAGAUCAGAAAAAACAACUGGCAGAGCACCAUGAAAAUAGCCGAACUCAAAAAGAUUUGGAUGCAAUGCCCAUGGCUGUGAAAGUGGCAAAAGAAGCCAUUUUAAUAGCCAAGGAAGCUUUGGGAAAAGAACUUCAGGAGCUAAACCAUAUGCGACCUGACAAAGCCUGGGAUGAGAAGUGUAAGAACAUCAAGGCAGAGCACUUAGCAGCAAGCCAGCAAAAUGGGGCACUGCAACAACAGAUUCAGGAGCUCAGGAAAAAACUCCAAAAUGAACCAGCUUUGGAGGAAAUGUGUAAGGUCAUGAAGGAGGAAACUGAGGUCGUGAGGCUCCAGAAUUACAGCAUACAAGAGGAGAUCCAGGAGCUCAAAGAAAAGUGCAGAAAUUUAAAUGCUUUGGAUGAAAUGUAUAAUCAACUGAAAGCAGAGAAUGUGGCGAUUAGCCAGCAAAAUGACAACCUGAGACAAGAGAUUCAGGAGAUAGCCAAAGAUCUCCGUAAUGAAAAGGCUCUGCAGGAAAUGAUUGAUCAAAUGGAAGUGUCAACAGUGGCCAUCAGCCAGCAGAACGCUGCACUGAAAGAACAACAGCAGAAGCUCUACAAAGAUUUUGAAGAUCAAAAGAUGUUCAGUGUCGUGUAUGGGGAGAAGUUGCACGUCAUGGAAUUUAUGCGCCAAGAAAAUGAAAACCUCAAACUACUCAUUCAGAGCCUUACAAGAAGGAUCCAGAACAGAAAAGCCAUGAAGGACAAGUAUAAAGCCCUGAAAUCAGAAAAAAAAGAUGUUUCUGCAAAACGAAAUGAGCUUCUUAAAGAACUUCGUUCGCUCUACUCAAAGCGUGAUAGCAUGCCAGUCUAUGAAGGCAAGUUUGGUCCACUGAGACAGGAGAUUGAAGCCUUAAGAAGACACAACGAUGAACUCCAUCAAGAAAUCAAACAGCGCAUUGAGGAGAUGGAAAACAAAACCGUCAUAGACGAAAUGUAUAAAGCAAUGAAAGUAGAGAAAAAGAAUCUAACUCAGCGAAAUAACAUCCUGAAAAAAGAAAUUCAGAAGGUGGAGAAAAGGCUUGUAAAGGAACAAGCUUUGGUAGACAAGAAUAAUGUCAUGAAAGAAGAAAAUGAAGCCUUGAGCCAACAAAACCACACAUUACAACUCGAGGUUGAAGAGCUCUACGCCAGACUACAAAGUGAACAAAUGCUGGAGGUCAUGAAUAAAUCGCUGACAAUGGAAAAAGAUGCCAUGGUCCGAGGAAAGGACGUACUUCGACAAGAGGUCCAGGAGCUCAAUGAAAAGUUGAACAGCAAAAAAGCUUUAGAAAGUGCGGGCACCGCGAUGAAGGCUGAGAAAGAUAACAUCGACCAAGAGCCCUCCGCACAUACGACGCUUAGCUCACCUGUGAGGCUGGGAAAAAUCCAACCUACCACAAAAAAGUGCUGGUUCAAAUCUGGGCCUGACUCUGAUUUUUGUCUGCGUUUCUGUGUGGACUUUCUAUGUUUUACCCCGUGUCUGUGCAGAUUCUCUCCGGGUGCUCCGGCUUCCCCUACAUCAUAA